CGUCCGACUUCCCUCUCUCUUCACAUUACAUCGUUACUGGAACCCGACUGUUGAAUCUUGACCGGUGGCGAGCAGAACCCAUAAUAAUCCCCACAUAUCACCGAAACAUGGCCGCCGUUCAGACCACCCCUCAUUUUUCGAAUCCCAUGCACUGUGUCCCCCUCGGACAGGACGAUCUACCAAAGUCCGGCUUUCUCAGACGCCUGUCACAGUGGUUCUGGCCAGUGGCAUACCACGAAAGCGACUACAACGAGUACAACGUUACGAGUCCUCCUAGCAUCGCCCCGGAACAUUCUGCAUUUCCGCAAUUCGAUAUUACCCCGGGUCUACAGAGACAGUCCGGUGCAGAUGAUACGAACUCGCCAUGCAAAACUUGCCGAAUGGCUGGAAUACCCUGCGAUGGACAACGACCGCAUUGCUCGCAGUGUCUUGGCGAACAGACACUCUGCUUCUAUGUGGAUCCGCUAAGGGUAUCUAAGAACAAGCGGAAACAGUCUACGGUUGCACAAUCUCGUGUAUUGCCCAGUCUGAGUGAAGAUGAUGAAGCCUCGUGUGCUUCAUAAAUUUUGUUUGAUUUUAGCAACGAUUAGACGAAAACUUGGGAGGUUAACUUGGCGUUUUUUUUUUUU